AUCCCAUCAUGAAGUAUCUACUCCUUGCUUUAACGGUUACAGCUGUAGCAGGACAACUUCCUCUACCAUGCACUUCUCCAAGACAAUUUGAGUCUCGAUUUGCAAGGUUUGACCGUGAAAAGAACUUUCAGGAGUUUGCCAAGGUUAGUUAUGAUGAGGAUCAAAAGAGAGUCAGAGAGAUCGAGGAGGUAGCAAUUGGAUCCACUAAAGAUUACUAUGAUGUUCUCUAUCUUCAUAAUAUCGGAAUUGAAUACAGGUUUAAUUUGAGAACACGUAAAUGUAAUGUUACUACCAUUAGUAAAACAUUUAUACCAUUCAGUGUACCAGGGUUUGCUAAAUUCGCUGGUCAAGGUAAUAUUGGUGUUGCUGGUUUCACCAAUGAACAUGUCGAUAUUCAGUUAUUUGAAGGAAAGACACCAGAAGGACAUCCUCUGUUUAUAAGUGUAACCUCACCAGACUGUUUCCCAGUAAACUUUGGUUAUUACAGCCCAACUGUAGGAUACGAUCAUAGAAAUUUCUAUGAUGUGACAGUCGGUAUUAGAGAUCCAAAUGUGUUUAUUCCCCCAAGUGAAUGUAUUCAAUAAAUAGUGUUUAAAUAAU